AUGCACUCUCUCCCUGAGGCGACUCCCGAUCCUUGCCCUUUGAAUACCUUCUCAGCUCGCUUGCGUAGAAAUUCGUCCUCCUCUUCGUUCUCUUCUCUCUCUCCUCCUGCCUCAGCAUCCUGUCGACAGCCAUCCAGCGGAAACCCACCUUAUUCUGCUACGACUGGGGUAGAUGAUAGUGAGAAGGGAGCGAACUUAUCUAGUGCAGUUACUCUUAAUGAUGUUAAGUCAUUUGGUCUAUUCGCCAGAGCCAGUUUGCACGAGACAAUGGAAAAUAUGCGUGACUCUUCGCUUCCGUCUUCUUCCGAUGCUAUUGUUUCGCCAACGCCCAAAAGUUCGAUGAAGUUACCAGCUGAGUUAUCAGCUGCGUUAACAUUUAAGUAUGGCGAGUUCGCUGCUUUUGGUGAUGUACAUACUGCCGUGAUAGAUAUGAUUGUGCUACGAGAGCCAUGUUGCCUCAUUGUCGGUGGGCAAAACGGAUCUCUGCUGCUCUUUAAUCUACAGACCCAUAGACUUGUCCGCACGAUAAAUACUCGAGAGGCCAGCAUUACCUGCAUGGCAACGGAUCCGGAGCAGAAGCUUCUUUUCGUUUGUUACUACGAUAAGAUGCUCUUCAUAUACAACACCAGGGUAAGAUAUAUAAUAUAUUUUAGGUAG